AGUUCUGCCUUGUAAAUACUGUUAUUUGUAUAUACUGUAAAUGAUGACAUCGGUGGGCACUAACCGAACCCGGGGAAGCUGGGAGCAGACACAGACACAGAACCAGGCACAGCACAAGCAGAGGCCACAGGCCACUGCAGAGCAAAUUCGACUUGCACAGAUGAUCUCGGACCACAACGAUGCUGACUUUGAGGAGAAAGUGAAGCAACUGAUCGACAUCACAGGCAAGAAUCAGGAUGAGUGUGUGAUCGCCCUGCACGACUGCAACGGAGAUGUCAACAGAGCCAUCAAUGUGCUGUUGGAGGGGAACCCAGACACGCACUCCUGGGAAAUGGUAGGGAAGAAGAAAGGUGUGUCAGGACAGAAAGACAGUGGACAGACAGAACCCAGCGAAGAAGGCAAAGAGAACCGGGAAAAGGAGAGAGACUUCAGCCGGCGACGGGGGAGUGGGUUGCCCCGAAGAGGCCGUGGAGCCAGCCGUGGAAGAGAAUUUCGGGGCCAAGAGAACGGACUGGAUGGUGGCAAGACAAGUGGAUCUUCUGGUAGAGGCACAGAGAGAGGGCGACGGGGGCGUGGGCGAGGCAGAGGCGGAUCUGGACGACGGGGAGGAAGAUUUUCUGCCCAAGGCAUGGGAACUUUCAACCCUGCGGACUAUGCAGAACCCACCAGCACGGAUGAAGGUUAUGGCAAUAGUAACAGCAACACGUGGAACAACACAGGAAGUUUUGAGCCAGAUGAUGGGACGAGUGCGUGGAGGACAGCAACGGAGGAAUGGGGGACCGAGGACUGGAAUGAAGAUCUUUCAGAAACGAAGAUCUUCACUGCAUCCAGUGUCUCCUCUGUGCCACUGCCUGCGGAAAACGUGACCAUCACAGCUGGACAGAGAAUCGACCUUGCGGUGCUCUUAGGAAAGACUCCUUCUUCGCUGGAAAAUGAGUCGCCCAGUCUGGAUUCCUCCCAGGCUCCAACUCUCAGCCAGCCGCUGGUGUUCAGCAAUUCAAAACAAACCGCCAUAUCCCAGUCGAAUUCGGGGAACACCUUCUCUCACCAUGGCAUGGUCGGUGUGCUGGGAAAGGGGUUCAGCGAAGUGGGGGAGGGGAAGAGCAGCAGCACCACCACCACAACCACCACCACCGGCUCUCAGUUCCUGGAGCAGUUCAAGACGGCUCAGGCACUCGCCCAGCUGGCGGCCCAGCACCCCCAACCAUCGGGAAGCAGCAACACAGCCUCCUCGUGGGACAUCAGCAGCCCGAGCCAGCCCUCCUCCCUUGUGCAGUAUGAUCUAAAGAAUCCCUCGGAAUCCGCUGUGCAUAGCCCGUUCGCCAAGCGGCAGGCCUUCCCCCCCACCUCCACCAUGAUGGAAGUGUUCCUCCAAGAAAAGCAGCCGGGGGCAACGGCCUCCAUCACAGCUCCGCCACCUCCGUCCUCCCCCCUAGCCACCAAAACCAACCCUGUCUCCCAGAUGCCCCCAGGGUCCUCUAGUCCUCAGCCGACCCAGCAGAAGUUGAAACAACAGAAGAAGAAGGCCUCCUUGACAUCAAAGAUUCCUGCUCUGGCGGUGGAGAUGCCUGGUUCUGCGGAUAUUUCGGGACUCAAUUUGCAGUUCGGGGCGUUGCAGUUUGGCUCGGAGCCCGUCCUCUCAGAGUACGAAUCGACCCCUGCUACGAGCACCUCUGUGAGCCAGCCUCCCAACAGCCUGUACACAAGCACGGCAAGCGAGUCUCUGUCCACGAUUUCGUCCAACAAGAGCCAGGAGCCAGGUUUCCAGAGCAGCAGCUUGCCUGCAGCAACGUAUACCUCCCAGAACAGUGCUCAGGGACCACUGUACGAACAGAGAUCCACUCAGACCCGGCGGUAUCCAAACUCCAUUUCCUCCUCACCCCAAAAAGACUUGAGCCAGGCCAAGAAUGGCUUCAGCUCGGUGCCACCCACGCAGUUGCAAACCACCCAGGCAGCUGAAGGUUCGGCCGGCUCUGCUGUGAAAUCCGACUCCCCUUCGGCCCCCAGCAUCACAGCCCCUCUCAGUGACACUGUGUCAGCAGCCUCCUUGCUGACCACAGCCACCCAGCAUUCCUCGGUGCUCAGCAGCCUGAAUCACGCCGAGGAGCUCUCGAACACAGCUGCCACGCAACACAGCAGUACAUUACCCACCCAACAGAACAGCCUCUCUUCCUCAACUUCCUCUGGUCGCACGUCCACUUCGACUCUCUUGCACACCAGCAUGGAGAGCGAAGCCGGGCUCCAUUCUUCCGCAAGCACUUUUUCCACCGCCUCCAGUACUGUGUCAGCUGCACCCCCCGUGGUCAGCGCCUCGUCAAGUCUGAGCAGCGUCAGCAGUCUGGGCCUGAGCCUCAGUAAUAACUCCACCGUGACGGCCACAACCCGCAACUCAGUAGCCACGACGUCAGGAAAGGCUCCCCCCAACCUGCCUCCCGGCGUGCCACCAUUGCUGCCGAACCCGUACAUUAUGGCGCCAGGGCUGUUGCACGCCUACCCGCCGCAAGUUUACGGCUAUGAUGACUUACAGAUGCUUCAGACAAGGUUCCCAUUGGACUACUACAGUAUCCCGUUCCCCACGCCAACCACCCCGCUGACCGGAAGGGAUGCGAGCUUGAAUAGCAACCCUUAUUCUGGCGACCUCACGAAAUUUGGCCGAGGUGACGCCUCUUCCCCUGCGCCGGCCACAACGCUGGCCCAGCCUCAACAGAACCAGACACAGACACACCACACCACCCAGCAGACGUUCCUCAACCCGGCCUUGCCUCCUGGCUACAGUUAUACCAGCCUGCCCUAUUACACCGGGGUUCCUGGGCUGCCCAGCACCUUCCAGUACGGACCUGCUGUGUUUCCCGUUGCGCCCACUUCUUCCAAACAGCAUAGUGUCAAUGUCAGCGUGAAUGCCUCUGCCGCUCCAUUUCAACAACCCAGUGGUUAUGGUUCCCACGGAUACAGCACGGGAGUUUCCGUAACAUCCAGUAACACAGGAGUGCCUGAUAUCUCUGGCUCUGUCUAUUCCAAAACACAGCAGUCAUUUGAGAAGCAGGGAUUUCACACUGGGACGCCAGCGGCCUCGUUCAACUUGCCGUCGGCGUUGGGCAGCGGGGGCCCGAUCAACCCUGCCACGGCUGCAGCCUACCCGCCGGCUCCCUUCAUGCACAUCCUGACCCCACACCAACAACCCCACUCCCAGAUCUUGCAUCAUCAUUUGCAGCAAGACGGGCAGAGCAGCACCGGCCAACGGAGCCAGGGCAGUUCCAUCCCGCAGAAAUCACAGGCUAACAAGUCCGCCUACAACAGCUACAACUGGGGCGCCAACUGACCGCCCCCACGGCAGCCCGACACUUCAACCGAGAGACAGGCAGAAGAACAGCAGCGACCCAUCCGAAAAGGAACGACCCCACCUGGGAGAAAGCCCUGCAGCCUUGGGAAGCGGAGCCUGGCCUGGCCGGGCCGUACGUUCCUUCCCUUUCCUCCCAUCACCUUUCCCUUAUUGUAUGUAAUAUAGAAUUUGUAUCUUUUUUUUUUCAUUUUCUCUCUCUCUUUUUUUUUUUUCCUCCUGCAUUCAUUCAGAGAGCCGUUCAGCCGUAGGGGCCUUUUUCGUUUCGUUUUGUUUCUGUUUCGUUUUCUACUCC